AUGGGAAUCAAGCCUAUCAUCUCACGCACAAGGAUGGGAAGAAGAUCAGAGGAGAUAGGGCACACGCAGGGAAUCUCAUGCCUCUCCUUGAGCAGCUCCAAGCCUACAAGGUCACAGCUUACAACACUAGGCACCAAAGAGGAAGAAAGCUUAGUGUUGGAGGGGUCAUCACACCAAUUCUUUGUGCAGCUGGAGUCAAGUGGACAAGAGAAGGCUACUCCACCAGGUUGGAUGGACAUCAAGUUUUGCAAGACCAACCUCCUCAUUGAGCACAAGGAGUUGGAUGGGAGAUUCCAAUUCAAACCCCCUGUGUACACUUUAGUUGGGCAUGAAGCGGAUUUGCAAGAAGAAGAGAUCGAGCUCGAUCGAGCUGAGGAUCGAGCUGAGAUCAAGCUGAAGAUGGAGUCCAGGAAAGCGCUGACUUGGGUGAGCCUGAGUGCUAUUACUUUGAGGAGUAUGAGGCUCCAAGGAUGA